GGUGGCGGCCUAGAGGGAUGACCCCGGGCGGGUGACCGAGUCCCCCGGCCCGGUCCCCGGGAGGGGGGAGGGGAUUUGUUACUCGUUACCGGCCGGAAGGCAGAACCGGUCCGUUGCCCACACGCACGAAUCGGGCAGCGCAGACCGGGCCAAGGAUGCAGCUGGGUCACCGGACGUGGCAGCGGCGGGCCCCUCUGAAGCGGUCCAGGAUCCUGCACAUGGCGCUCACCGGGGCCUCCGACCCCAGCAGCGAGGCCGAGGCGGGCAGCGGCGAGAAGCCGUUCCUGCUGCGGGCCGUGCAGAUCGCGCUGGUGGUCUCCCUCUACUGGGUCACCUCCAUCUCCAUGGUGUUCCUCAACAAGUACCUGCUGGACAGCCCCUCCCUGCGGCUCGACACCCCCAUCUUCGUCACCUUCUACCAGUGCCUGGUGACCGCGGUGCUGUGCAAGGGCCUCAGCGCCCUGGCCACCUGCUGCCCCGGGGCCGUGGACUUCCCGACCCUGCACCUGGACCUCAGGGUGGCCCGCAGCGUGCUGCCCCUGUCGGUGGUCUUCAUCGGCAUGAUCACCUUCAAUAACCUCUGCCUCAAGUACGUGGGCGUGGCCUUCUACAAUGUGGGCCGCUCCCUCACCACCGUCUUCAACGUGCUGCUGUCCUACGUGCUGCUCAAACAGACCACCUCCUUGUAUGCCCUGCUCACCUGCGGCGUCAUCAUCGGUGGCUUCUGGCUGGGUGUGGACCAAGAGGGCGCCGAGGGCACGCUGUCCCCCGUGGGCACCCUCUUCGGGGUGCUGGCCAGCCUCUGCGUCUCGCUCAAUGCCAUCUACACCAAGAAAGUGCUGCCGGCGGUGGACGGUAGCAUCUGGCGCCUGACUUUCUACAACAACCUCAACGCCUGCUUCCUCUUCCUGCCCCUGCUACUGCUGCUUGGGGAGCUGCGCACCCUCGGGGACUUCGCCCAGCUGGGCAGCGCCCACUUCUGGGGGAUGAUGACGCUGGGCGGCCUGUUCGGCUUCGCCAUCGGCUACGUGACGGGGCUGCAGAUCAAGUUCACCAGUCCCCUGACCCACAACGUGUCGGGCACGGCCAAGGCCUGCGCCCAGACGGUACUGGCCGUACUCUACUACGAAGAGGCCAAGAGCUUCCUGUGGUGGACGAGCAACCUAAUGGUGCUGGGCGGCUCCUCCGCCUACACCUGGGUCAGGGGCUGGGAGAUGAAGAAGGAGCAGGAGGACCCCAGCCCCAAGGAGGGCGACAAGAGCGCUGUGGGUGUGUGAGCUCCUGCAGGGACCCCUGGAAGGCUGUCCGGGCGUCCCCAGCAGCGAGGCUGGGGGGAACCUGUGCUUGCCGGGAGUAUCAGACAGUUGCCAAACCCGUCUCUCCCCCGGGUGCCAUUUCUGGGUUUCCGCCCUGCCCCCCCGCGGGAUGAGCGCCCACUCCAUCCCCUCCCGGGGCCUGUCUACCUCCACACCCCUGAGUGGGGUUGGUGCGGCCUGCGGCCCCUAAGGGACAGUAUUGGCAAAUCUUCACUUCUACUCAGGGCAGGUCAGGGUGUGACCCCACCACAGCCAGCUUGGGGGGCACACCUCCGGGGUCCUGGCCCCGCAGACCCACCCAGCUUCCGAGACAGUGGGCUGGUGCUACCACUCCUCUGCACCGAGACCAAGGCCGGAGGAAGCGGGUGGGAGGUUGAAGUGUCCUGGUGACCGACCCUGGCACCACCCCCGACCAGGGACAGCUGGAAAUGGGGCGGCUCAGGAAGAAGGGGGUCCCCCGCCCCAUCUGCACCCUACCUUUCCAGCUUUAGAACACAAGGGGGCCGUGCUCCCCUAAUCCCUAACCAGACACCAGACCUACCUGCCCCUAAGAGGCCACAGUGACCUCUGAGCUCCCAGCACCUGGCCCGGGAGGCUGCUUCCCUCUUUUCCCAACUCUGCCUGCCCCCAGGUCUUGUGGUGGGGCUCAGAGCCUUCCCCCCAGGGGAGGUGCUCUCCCCUAACUCAGCCUGAAGGUGAACAUUCGCUUUCCUCCCUGAGUGGGACUGGAAGCACCCGCCUGUCACCUGGCUCCUUCCCUGGGGAGGCCUCGGGAGGCAGAAGCAGGAGCAAGCUCCCCCGACCUGUCUGAGCCCACAAGAGCUCCACGCUGCAUCCCAGGACCUUGAAGGUGAGGGUCCCAGCAGAUGAAAUUGGGGGGGACGCAAAUGGGAGGGUGGGGGUCCUCUCACCUCCCAGGUAGUCCCCCCACAAUCCCAGGUGGUUUCAAUGAAGCUAGGGGGCCUGAUGCCCUGGGCUGCGAGUGAUUUAACAAUAAAUGGAGUGACUUGUCCUGUG